UUUGCUACAUAUUAUAAUGAGUAAUUAUUAUUAAACUUUAAUUUUUUUUUUGUUCGAGGUACUUGUUCUUAUUUCACUUAGAAUCUCGGGUGUAAUAUGGCCAACUAUAACGAUUUUGAUGAUGGCAAUGAUUACAUUCAAUCGAAAUAUAAACAUAGAAAUAAAACAAACUGCGCUAAACAAAGCAGAAAAAAGUCAAAACGGAAGUCUUCUAAUGAUUCAUCAAAUUUUUUUAUGAUUAUUUGUUUGGUUUUGUUUGUCCUAUUAUUUACACACAAAUCAGAAAAUAAAAAUUUAAAAAAAGGAAAAUAUGUUACAACCAUGAUUGAUACUAAAUGGAAUGUGGUACCUCUUGUCUUAGAAAUAGCAGAGUACAUGGCUGAAGAAAGUCAACAUACUUUAUGGUCCUUUGUUGAUAGUAUAUCUGAGCUUAACCCAGCUCUAAGUGAGCUUGAUAAUGAUCAAACCAAAUACCAGAUUGCUAUAUCCAAGGCUGAAUUAUUGUUAUCCAAUUCUAAACUAAGACUGUUAAAAUUUUCACUAUCUAUGCAUAUAUAUUCUCCACGUAUUGAAAUGUAUGCCCAAAUGGCAGCGGAUCGAGGAGUGCAAUGUUUAACAUCUGUAGAAAUUGAUGGAGAACUUGUGUGUUCAAUUGAGAAAUUGAAAAAUAUUUUGAAACGAAUAAGGGCUAAAGGUUCAAAAGAGUCUUGCGAAAUAUAUCACAUUGAUCAUCACCAUCCUUCUUCUAAAAAUAAAAGCAACUCUGCAAUUUUGUAUGGUGAAUUAGGAACAGCUGAAUUUGCUGCUUUUCAUCAGAUUUUAAAACAAUCUGCCCAAGAUGGGUAUAUUGAUUAUGUUUUGCGUCAUUUCGUUAAAGAAAAAAGUGAACAGAAAGUUCGCCUUUCAGGUUAUGGUGUUGAAUUACAUAUGAAAUCCACUGAAUACAAAGCAGAAGAUGAUAGUAUUGUUAAAGAUAAAAAUGACAUAAAUAUAAAUGAAGUUGAAGAAGACAUUUCAGAAAUUGAAGGAUUUGAUUUUAAACGCCUUGUGGAAUUAUAUCCAGAUAAAAAACAAGAUUUAAUAAAAUUUAGAACUCAUCUAUCUGAAUCUAGUGGUGAAUUGGCUCCACUUAAAGCUUGGCAAUUUCAAGAAUUGAGUUUACAAGCAGCCCAAAGAAUAAUGAGUGGUCCACCUCAAGAUGCAAUCCAGACUUUUAUUCACAUAGCUCAAAAUUUUCCAACUCAAGCCAGAUCUUUAGCUAAUAUUAAAGUUAGUAAAGAACUAAGAGAUGAAGUAUCCAAAAACCAAGAGAGUUUUUCAAUGGGAUUGAACUUACAAACUAGCGACACAGUGUUGUUAUUAAAUGGAAUGUAUUUUGACAUAGAUAUCACUGAUAUGUCAACUAUUUUAGAUUCAGUUACUGAAGAACUUAGUGUAAUGGAAGGAUUAUUUUCUUUAGGCAUAACAGAUAAAAAAGCUAUUUCUUCCAUGUUAGCACUGGAUUUAGGUAAUAUAAAAGGAAAGUCAUAUGCUGUAGAUAUUAGGGAUUCUGCCAUUCAAUGGAUAAAUGAUUUAGAAACAGAUACUGCAUAUAAAAGAUGGCCUUCAUCAGUUGAUGAUCUACUCAGACCAACAUUCCCUGGCAUGUUACGUAGUAUUCGCCGUAAUCUGUAUAAUCUUGUAAUUGUUUGUGAUCCAGCUUCUAAAAGUUCUUGGCCUUUAUUGAAACUAACUGAUUCAUUUUUAAAUCAUCAAAGUCCUUUAAGAGUUGGUAUUGUAUUUAAUGUUUCACCAAAGCCAGCUAUUGGGUUAGACAAUGCUAGUGUAGCUUUGUUAAACGCUUUCAAUUACAUAGUUGAACAAACAUCAAAGCCAUUAUCUGCAUUUAAUUUUAUAACAAAUAUUUAUACAUCAAUCAGCGAAGACAGAGAUGUUAAUGUGGAAGAUGUUUUACAUGGAUUUAUGAAGCAAUAUCCCAAGGCUUCUAUUGAUGAUAUAUUUGGAGAAGAUAGUGAUUAUGAUACUGCUCGAAUACUAGCAAAAGAGUAUGUAACUAGAACAGGCUUCAGAAAAUUACCCCAAGUAUUACUUAAUGGAGUUCCAUUACAAGAAAAAUCACUUGUCGAAGAAGACUUUGAAGAGGCUGUUUUGGUAGAAUUAGUAUCUCAAACUCAGACUUUACAAAAGGCUGUUUAUAAAAGAGAAUUAACUGAUGGAGACAAUGUUGUAGAUUGGUUAAUGAAACAACCAAAUGUAAUGCCAAGACUUAAUUCACGUGUACUUAACACUGAUUCGAAGAAAAAUUUGAAAUUAAAUAAUAAACAUGAAUCUAUUUUUAAGUCUAUGCAUUAUACUACUUAUACCAAGCAAUCUAGUAUUAAUCCUAUUACUCAUUGGAUUGUUGGAGAUUUUUCUAAAUUAUCUACAUUUAAAUUAAUCAAAAAUACCUUUGAACAUUUGAAAAGUAAUUCAGAAUCACGAGUUAGUAUUAUUCCUAAUCCAUCAAGUAAUGAUGAGCAUGUUAUCAAAUUAAAUAAAAUUGUUUUUGAAGCCUUUAAACAGAAAGAUAAAUUGAAUAUAUUGGUUAAGCACUUAUCACAAGCCAUAGAAGCUGAUAAAAAUCACAUUGAAGUCAUAAGUUCACUACCUGAAGAAAUAAAUUUUGAUGUUUCUAGUAUAGAUAUAAAAUCAUAUAGUAAUUAUGCAAUUGAAAUAUUAAAUUUUGAAAGUGGACAAUGUGGUGUAAUCACAAAUGGUCGUAUAUUGGGUCCAUUUGAUGAAAAUGAAGAUUUUUUAACUGAUGACUUUGCUUUGUUAGAACAGCAUACUCUAAAAAACAGUGUAAAUAAAAUUCUUAGUAUUCUUAAAGAUUCAGAUGUAGAAGAAAUUACCAGUGAUAUGAUCAUGAAAGCAAGUGCCUUAAUUAGUAGUCGUUCACAAACAAAAAAUCGACAUUCCAUACCAGACGUUUCUACUAAACAUAGUGUAAUUAAAUUAACUGCUAAAAAUGAAGAUGAGCCUAUUUUCGAAAUUAAUGUUAUUGUUGAUCCAGUCUCUAGGGGAGCUCAAAAAGUUGGACCCAUAAUUUCUGUAUUGUCACAUGUACUCAAUGCUAAUAUCAAUAUAUAUUUAAACUGCGUCGAUAAAAAUAGUGAUAUGCCUGUUAAAAGUUUUUAUCGUUUUGUACUUGAACCUGAAGUCAUUUUUGAUAAAUCUGGUCAUUUAUCUCCAGAUCCAAUAGCAAAAUUUACUAACAUGCCUACUAGUCCAUUAUUAACACAAAUACUUCAUGUACCUGACAAUUGGUUAGUGGAGUCUGUUGCCUCACCUUAUGAUCUUGAUAACAUACGACUUGAAGAUGUUGAAAUGGGUGUUUAUAGCCGAUAUGAGCUUGAAUAUCUACUUCUUGAAGGUCAUUGUUAUGAUUCAGUUAACAUGAAUCCUCCUCGAGGUCUUCAAAUGACAUUAGGAACAAAAUCAAAUCCAGUAGUGGUUGAUACAAUAGUUAUGGCUAACUUGGGUUAUUUCCAAAUGAAAGCCAAUCCAGGUGCAUGGAUGUUACGACUUCGUCAAGGUCCAUCGGCUGAUAUUUAUGAUAUAAUUUCUCAUGAAGGAUCUGACCGUUCACCCAAUAGUAUGGACAUCAAAGUACUCAUUAGUUCAUUUCGUUCACAUAUAAUUAAAGUAAAAGUUGCUAAAAAACCUGGCAAACAGAAUUUAAAUGUAUUGGGUGAUGAUGAUGCUGAAAAUAAAGGUCUUUGGAAUUCUAUUACUAGUUCUUUUAGUUCGGGUUCUCCAGAUAAAGCAUCUGAUGAAACAAUCAACAUAUUCUCCGUUGCUUCUGGACAUUUAUAUGAACGAUUUUUAAGAAUAAUGAUGUUGAGUGUGUUGAAAAAUACUAAAUCUCCAGUAAAAUUCUGGUUCCUUAAAAAUUAUCUUUCUCCUACUUUAAAGGACUUUCUUCCCAUUAUGGCUCAAGAGUACAAAUUUCAAUAUGAACUAGUGGAAUACAAAUGGCCUCGUUGGCUCCACCAACAAACUGAAAAACAGAGAGUUAUAUGGGGCUACAAAAUACUGUUUUUAGAUGUUCUUUUCCCAUUAGAUGUUAAAAAAAUUAUAUUUGUUGAUGCCGAUCAAGUUGUCAGAGCUGAUAUGAAAGAAUUAGUAGACUUAGAUUUAGGAGGUGCACCUUAUGGAUAUACUCCAUUUUGUGAAAGUCGUAAAGAAAUGGAUGGUUUCAGAUUUUGGAAACAAGGUUACUGGAAAACACAUCUCCAAGGUCGUCGUUAUCAUAUUAGUGCAUUGUAUGUUGUUGAUUUAAAACGUUUUAGAAAAGUUGCGGCUGGUGACAGAUUAAGAGGUCAAUACCAAGCUCUUAGUCAAGAUCCUAACAGUUUAUCAAAUUUAGACCAAGACUUACCUAAUAACAUGAUUCAUCAAGUUGCUAUUAAAAGUUUACCACAAGAGUGGCUCUGGUGUGAAACAUGGUGUGAUGAUGCUUCAAAAAAAUCAGCUAAAACUAUUGAUCUUUGCAACAACCCAUUAACUAAAGAAGCUAAAUUAACAGCAGCCAUGAGAAUUGUUGAUGAAUGGAAAGAUUAUGAUAAUGAAAUUAAAAAACUGCAAAUAAAGCAAAGUGAACAUGAAGACCAAGUUUUUAAUGAAAAAAUUCAACUGAAAGAAUCACAAGACCACAUAGAGUUGUAAUGGAUUUAUAUUUGAAAACUAUAAAAAUUCAAAUGAUCUCCAGCUCAUAAUAGUUAAGUGUCUACGAUACUUAAAUUCCAAAUAAACAAUUUACUGUAUUAUAAUUAUUUCUUUGAUUAAUUU